AAACUCUCACAUGCACCACACACCUUAAAGGUAAACACAGGCGAGCACCUGCGUAUGGAUGACAUCCACUCAGGAUUAAAUCAAACAGUUAUAAACCCGCAGCAGCAGCAGCAGUGACUGAUAGAUCCCAGGUAGGAAGUCGCACACUGGGUCCAUUAAUUCGGAUGAUACCCGCCUACACGUCGAUCUGGACCAAUGAGUGGCUCUUUGGUACCUUUGUGACACCUUCAUUGAGACGUUCAGGCCUUUAUUUUGUCAGGACCCGCGGCUGAAAGGAGUUCACGAAGGAGUUUUUUAGCUUUUUAUAUGUGUUUUUAAUUAAUAUAUUUCACUAUGGACCGACCCAGCCUCCGGAGACUGUUUUCUGCCUGUGAUGUGAACAAGUCCGGUCAGAUUGAGUAUGAGGACUUCACGGUUGUCUGCAGGGAGCUCAACGUCCCCGAACCUGAGAUCAAAUCUCUGUUUGACAAGUUCGACCCGGACGAGGACGGAUACAUCGACUACAGCAAGUUUUCCUCCAGGUUUCGGGAGGUUUCACAGACUCUGGACCUGGCGUCUUUUGGCAGUGGGUCGUCCCAAAACCAACCCCUGCCCUGGGAAGAGUUUGUGGGCGGGAUAGAUGAGAACUGUCUCCUCUCUGAAAGUCUGAGGGAUCAGCUAGGAGAUCUUUACCAGGCCAUUCAUUCCUCUGCAAACAUGACGCUGCUGCAGCAGUAUGAGGAAAUCAUCCACUCUCUGAUCAACCAAAGCCUGGACAACAGACUGGAGUGCGAGCAACUGGAGACCAGUUUAAAGCGAGCCGAGGAGAUGAACAACAGUCAGCUCACAGAGCUGGAGGAGGAUAUACAGCAGCAAUUGGCCAGAACAGAGGAGAGGGUGAGAGACGAGGAGCGAAAGAAAAUGGAGGUAAUGUUGGCGACUGUGCAGAGGAAGCAUGAGAAUAAGGUCACAGACCUGCAUGCAACUCUGGACAGGCUGUUAAAGAAUCAAAACGACUCUGACAUCAACGAGUCAAAGGAGGAGGUGGUCCAGCUGAACCAACGAAUCAGUGACCUGUCACAGGAAAAUGAGCAGCUGCGGGCGUCUCUGCUGCAAGCCCAGACAAACAUCGCCGUCCUUCACUCAGAGCUGGACAAGCUGAAGAACAUGUAUGCAGACCAGAAAGCUCAACACCAAAGAGAAACAGACGAGUUGAGGAGGAUGGUUGUGGAGUACCAGUCAUAUGCCAGUCAGAUUCAGGUUCUCCAGGAAACGAACAAAAGGCUGUAUGACAGUAAUGAUGGGCUGCGUUCUGCAUUAGCCAGCGAAGCGGUUGCAGCUAAAAGGAGGCUCUCUCCCCAAAAUGAAAUCCCAGCCCGAAGGAUGAAACCCCUCCGACAGAGCACCCUCAACCACAGCAGCUCAGAGCCAGAUCCCACCAAAACGACCUACUCUCAUGUGGCGACCUGGGCUGAUAGGUACCUGGACAGUGGAGUCUCCUUGCCGAUGGACAUCGUUGACAGCGCAGGCAGCGACUAUGACAGCGAUGACAGCAGGAGCUCAGUGGAAACGGUGCACCACAGUUACUCGUAUGUCCCGUCUGAUGUGGAGAUAUCAGAGGUGAAAUCAGAGGCCGCAGUCUCAGUGGCUCCUAGCAGAGCGAGCUCAAUUGCGUCAUCGCUACGAAGACGUUUGUCUGCAUUUUCCACAAAGCCUUUAGAAGCAGACAUAGAAGAAACCGAGGAACCUGUUCCGAUGUACCGUCUGGUUUUAGCAGGAGACGCAGGAGCUGGAAAGUCGAGCUUCCUGCUGAGACUGACACUCAACGAAUUCAGAGGAGACAUUCAGACAACGCUGGGAGUUGAUUUCCAGAUGAAGAGGAUGCUCGUGGAUGGGGAGAAGACGAGUCUGCAGAUAUGGGACACAGCUGGGCAGGAGAGGUUUCGAAGUAUUGCCAGGUCUUAUUUCCGUAAAGCUCACGGAGUCCUGCUCCUCUACGAUGUCACUUCAGAAAGCAGCUUCCUCAACGUCAGAGCAUGGGUGGAUCAGAUUCAGGAUUCAACGGAGGAGAAAAUCCCCAUGUGUGUUAUUGGAAACAAGGUGGACCUCCGAGAGCAGCUUCCAGAGGGAAGCUGUGUGAGCAGUAUGCAUGGAGAGAAGUUGGCCAAGGCAUACGGCGCCUUGUUCUGUGAAACGAGUGCCAAGGAAGGAACCAACAUCGUUGAGGCUGUGCUUCAUCUAGCGAGAGAAGUAAAGAAAAACGUCAAACUUAGGCGAGAGUCAGAUUCUCAGGUCAGACUGAGUCCAACCAGCCCGAAGAAGACUUUCAACGCCUGCUGUGGGCGGUAAAUAGUUCAGUAGAUACAAUGGAGCAAUGAAGGACACCAAAUGAUUUUUAUUUUGUGAUGAAGAACAUUUUCCUACAUGUUUUAAACAUUCAAAUAUUUAACUCUUUUCAUAAUUUCUCUGAUCAAAAUGAAGAUUUCUGUUCGUGGAAACAUAGAUAAUGUUGUAAUCAUAUUUGUUUUUUCUUAGGCUUUGUAUUUAUUUGGUAUUAAAGUAGUUUUAUGAAAUAAAUCAAUAAGAAACAUUGAUGCCUCAUGUGAGAUUAAAGUUGAAGAAUUUUUAAUGCUUUUGUCAAACAGGAAAAAAAAAAGCUUUUUAAAUGAAUGCACGUUUUUCCUCUUUGAGGCCAAACGUGAAGUGAAGUGACACAAAGUGAUUGGUUCGUGAACAAUCGAGAGAAAAGGACAAAGUAUGUUUUUUAAAAA